AAGGCAAACAUGAAUGGAUUUACAUUAUAAACGCAUCAGGAAAUUAUGAGAUUAGAGAGUUUUAAAUCAUUUUUAACACACGGAUAUAAACUUGUAGAAAAUAAAUUUGAAGGUGCCUUUAAAAAAAAGUGUUAAAUUACUUUAAAAACGAAAAAACAAAUCGCCAAUAGGUGGCAGCAAGAGACCGCUUUAUUCGAGUGAAGCUUUGAGUGAUUCAUACAGCCACGAAUCACUGAUUCAUUGACUCGCUCGAUUCUUUACAAAGGCCAGAAUCAUUCGUGUAAGGAAACGCAGCUGUGUAUUAUUCAGAGAUGUCUAACUUCUGCAGUUUAUUUAAUUGUUAUCAUAGUAAUGAUUUCAAUAUUAUUUAUGAGAAUAUAACGCGGAAGUUUUCAGCGACUCUUCACGUGAUCGUCAGCAUCCAUGGCAACGGUUCUCUUUGUGUUGUUUUGAACUUCGCUCUGUCAUUGGCAUCUGAUCUCGGCGUCCUUCGUGGCAACUGAUUCCCAGAUUAUUGAUAUUAUUGAUUGUUGGAUACAUCGAUUGAUCGCCUGCUGCUCCCUUCAUUCAGGUUUGACCCUUGUUAUCACACUGUGUUUUGUGUUCAGUAUGUCUUGUGUUCAUUACAGGUUUCAGAGUCGACUCACCUACGACUCGCUCCAGUUUGAGGGCCUCAACAUCACUGUGGGAGAGCUGAAGCGGCAGAUCAUGAGGCGCGAGAGGCUGAAGUUCUGCCAGCUAAAGAUCAGCAAAGCCCAAACUGAUGAAGAAUACACAGAUGAUGAUGCUCUCAUCCCCAAAAACACGUCGGUCAUCAUCAGACGGGUCCCUGCAGCUGGACUGAAGUCAUCAAACAGAAGAUUUGUUGGACAUCAAGCUGGAUUAUCAGCCAAAUCUUCUCAAACAGGUGAUUCUUCACUCCUCUCACUGGAGCAGCUGUUGAAGACUGAGAAUCUGGCUGAGGCAAAGGCAUCAGAGGAGGACAAGCUAAAAGCGGUGAUGUACCAGUCCAGUCUGUGCUACUACUCCAGCAGGGUAGCAGCUCUGCUUCGCAUAAGCGCAUCAGGAGGAGCACAGGGAUUCCCCGCAGCUUCCUGUUGGAGGUGGACGACCCAAACCGAAAGGGAGUCAUGAUGGACGGCAGCGGCAAAUACGUCAUUCCCAUCAUAGACGCUGAGGCCUAUGCUGCUGAGAAGAAAAAGAGGCCGUCCUUCUGCCAGACCAAGCCGCUGCCCUCCUCUUCCUCAGCUGGUGCAGCAUCUUCAGUCCAGGACGCUGGAGGGAAACGUUCCCGCUCCCCAUCUCCACCAGAGACGCACAACGACCAGAAGAGACCACGUCACUGAGAGACCUUCACCCAAGAGACCUGGAGCCGACGUGAGCACAGUGUAUAUAUUGUACAUAGUUUAUGAAUAAAACUGAAUAAAGAUUUUAGCAGCAUAAACCAUGGACUGGUUGACCUUCACACAAUACAGAAACACAAAAGAAAAUGAUCAACACAUUAAGAUAGAAAUGAUGAACAAACAUGCUGCGGGAGAACCAGUGUGCUGUCCUGCUCAGAAUCUAAAACUUUUAGUUAAAGUUUAUUUCAGAGGUGCUUCAGGGAAACUUUUUCUUAUGAAAGGCCAAAAACUAAACUCGUCUGAGGGUGGUGGGCUGGAGGUAAAUCUACCAAACUGUAAAAUUGUCAAUGUAAUUUCCUAGUUUAUUAUUAUUAAUCAUUAUAUAAUUUACAUGAUUCACUGAAUACUGUAAUUUACAACAUUUCAAAUUCUUUAAUUGUAUUAAUAAUUAUACAUUUUAUAAUGAAUGAAAGUCUUACAAUAAAACAUGAACAAUCCCAUUUAUAACACUAAAAAUACACUUUGCCUUCGCUUGCUGAUGUCUUCUGUAAUGUCUGCUCUCCUUCAAGUGACUAUUAUUUUAUUUGAUUCAUU